AUGCGCGCCACCUCCAUGUGGAAGGUGUGCUGCCGCCGGUGGAGUGGGGAGCGAGCACCUGCUGCCUUCCUCCCACCAGAUGCCAUUUCAGGACGGUGCCAGUGUUGCUCAGACAGGCGUUUGCAUCCCCGACUGCUCAGGUGCCGCCUGGCUCAGGAUGCAGAUGGCAGGGUGGGCCUCUCUGAGCUCCAGUUCUAUCUGGCGCGUCUCAGAAGAGAUUCUAUGGAGCAGCCUUUUGGCAUCCGGACAAAUAGGAAAGGCCCCCACGCAGGGUUGCAGUGCUCCAAGAAACAGAUGGUUUCAAACCACCUGGCCUUGCUGGAAGGUCCCAAUGUUCUUCUUUCCUUCUCUUGCCAGGUCUACAUCCGGAUAAAAGAUGAUGAGUGGAAUGUCUAUCGGCGGUACACGGAGUUCAGGAGUCUGCACCACAAGUUACAGAACAAAUACCCGCAAGUGAGAGCCUACAACUUCCCACCCAAAAAGGCCAUUGGAAACAAGGACGCCAAGUUCGUGGAGGAGCGGAGGAAGCAGCUGCAGAGCUACCUGCGCAGUGUCAUGAACAAAGUCAUCCAGGCCGUCCCCGAGUUUGCCGCCAGCCCCAAGAAGGAGACCCUGGUUCAGCUGAUGCCCUUCUUCGUUGACGCCGCCCCGCCCGGAGAGCCACUGAACAAGAGCAGCCGGCCCAGGGUGGCCUCCCGCUUCCCCAAGCUGUCCCGCAGCCACCCCAGGGAGAUGCGCAACGUGGAGCCCCAGAGCGGCGACCUCUGACCUCCGUGGACUCCCAGACUCAGCCUCCGUGCUGCGCUGCUGCCUCCCCGGCCACCUGCCCCCAGUCCGGCCACGGCAGCCGGACCUGCCACCUGGAGUGACAGCCACACGCACCGGUGAACCUGAGAGCACACCUUCCACCGGUCACAUGGCACCGAUUAAACUGGUCAGACGUGGACACGUGGGCACCACUCUCCCGGGUCUGCCCGAGCAGCCAGGCUUCCUCCUCUCCCUCCAGCCCAGGGGCCGGCGGAGGGCCAGGUGGGCGUGGAGCCCCUGGUUCCCUCAGAAACGGCCUCUUGGCUUUUCCCGCUGGGAGCUGGAAUGACUGUUACAGUCUUUCUUUCUCUUUUUCCUGCAACUGCCUGCUGCAGCCUGCGGCCCAGUGGGGGCGGUUUCCUUGCCGUUUUACUCCCCACCAGUAGCCAUUAGACACGACCCCUUGUUAGCGCCCCAUGGCCAGCCUCAGCUCUGCGGCUCCUCCCACAGGAGACCCCGGGGCCUGUGUGAGAAGGAGCCCGUCGGCGACGUUGAACUGUGGUUCCCGGGUGAUGCCUGGCUUCUGGGAGGAGUGGCCCCCAGGAAACCCAAGGACCCUGAUCCACAGGCACCUUGUGAGGUUUGGGGGACCUCACCCAGCCAGCCAUCGGUGGCAACAUGGUGUCCCCACGGUGGAGCGCCCUGGGCUGCCCAGGAAUCGGUGGCUUCGCCUUCCCAGCCGAGAGGCCUUGGGCUGUGAGAGACUUGGUUCUGCAGAGACUCUUAGGCCCUCGGCCUGCAGACCUGGCCCCCAAGCUCGUGGGCCGCCACAUGGCUCGCUGUGAACUGGGGCGCACGUCCCCCUUGAACAGAUCAUGGUCAUUCCCUAAGACAGACUGGAGGGCACCAGGCCCCUGGGCCCCUGGACUGAUAAAAUGAGAGCGUGGCCUCCCCCCGGCUCCCCCCAGCAUUCCAAGUCAGACCCUCCCGGGCCAGGGCCGCCGGCUGUGCAGAAUCAUGGACUUGCCUCUCCCCUGGGCGCAAGCACUGUGAGGAGGAGGCUGCAUUUCUGGGAGAUACUAGAAAGCAGGUGUGAGGUUGUUUGUAAAGAGACUGCGCGGGGAUGAGCGAAACCUGAGGACAGAUCCGUAGGGAACUGGAUGACGACCCUGUGAAGGACGGUCAGUGGAGCUAACCACCUCCGCGUCCCGGAGCCCUCAGCUCCACUCAGACCUCAGGGGGCCCAGGUGGGCUGUCCCUGGGAAGAAACCUGUGCAGGGUAUUAGAGGUGCCCCAUGGACAAGAGAGCCACCUCCUGUGUACAGCCGCACAGCCCGCAGAGCUACAGGCCCGACUCCCUUCUGGGGACAGCCAGGUGGGCCGAGGGCCUGCUGUUCUCAGGGCGGCAGGAGUGAGUGUCAGGGGACCCUGCAGUCAGUCCAGGGUCAACCUUCUCCUUCGUUUCAACUCGCAGCCCCACUGCGCCCCUGCCGCUGCAGCUGCUCUGGACAGAGCCGCCCUCCGAAAUGGGCAGGUGCCCCACUCCAGCUGCCCCGCGCCACACGCUGUCUGCUCCACCUCCGUCGUCGUGACGGAGCCGAGAGACCUUCCAGCACUGCCGUCUGGACAGCGGAGCCUGCUCCCCGACAUCUCUCCUUCUGGUCGUGUCAGCACCCACCUCCGGCAGCCCCACCCGGGACCACGGGCUCUGACCAGCAGCCUUUGCCGGCACCUGCCCCGAAACACGUCCGCAUGCGAUCCUCCAGGAACCUGCUCCCACAGCCAGGCGGACAGGUGCUCAGCCUGUAUUCAAACAGGAGAAACCCUGCCUCCCAUCUUCCGAAGCUGAAUUUUUCAUGGAAAACUCGCCCUGCUCUCCCACUGGUUGUAAAAGCACAUUCCUAGGACCACACGGGAACUUCGCUGCUUGCUCGUUGUACCCUGUUUUGUGAUCAUGCAGAAACCCUGGAGUCACCUUUAGCGUACAGACACCCCUAAUUUUAGCUCAGAUAUGCAUGUGACAUGCACAUUACAGCAACUCCUCAGAGCCUUAACUUUGGAAACAGACUGUUCUGCAGUGAUUUAGUCCAUUCAGCUGCUGUGCGUGUGGAAGGAGGGACUUCCCUGUUCCCAGAGCAGGAAGACAGACCCCAGGCCCAGCCAGGUGCACAGAUGCCAGCCCCUCGGGACUUUCCCCUGCGCUUCAACCCAGAUCCACUUCCGAGGGCAGGCUGCCGACCUCCCUGCGCACACCCCCCAGCCCGUGACCAUCCGCAGAAAGGACAGCCCGCAGUUGGCUCGGCAUGGCUGGCUCCAGCUCAGCAUCCAUCCCCGGCACACGGCUCCAUGUGAGGGACAGGUAAUCCCUUGCAGUGCACCGAGCCGCAGUUAGAACAGCCCAGCGUUUGUCCAGUCGGGCCCUGGGGGAGGAGGUGGCUCUCCUGUCCACAGUGGCACCUUUAAUACCCAACAGCUGGGCACAUUGGGGUCACCUGGUUACAAACGGGGUCACCUGAUUGAGUAGUGAAGACAGGAUACCAUCAUACGAGACCUAGC